AUGGCGCUCGCAAAUGCCAAGGAUUCCGCGAGGGACCUCCCCCGAAGCUUGACAUCGUCCAUUGACUUGGAAGGCCAAGACUACUCUGCGUGCAUGAACGAGGCGAAGCGGUUGCUGGAGACCUUCGAGGAGGAGCAGCGCGGUCGGCUGAGCCAGCAGGCCAGGCCCCUCAAGUUCGAGCAUGGCAGAAUGCGCCCCGAAGACGAGCAGGCGAUCAAGCCCGUCGGGUACAUCGCGCAGCUAGGGUAUGUGCAAGACGAGUACCGGGCGAAACUCCUGUCCCAGAAGUGCGGGAGCAAGAUGAAGGCGGUUUUCGUGGACACCAAGAAGCAGCUCGACAUGGUGCGGAAGGCGCAGGCCGGCGGGUUCUGCCAAGAGGGGCUAGCGCCAAGGCCCCGCGGGGCGGACUCGAGCGACCGAUUUGUCGCUAGCUGCAGCAACGGAAACCAGAACAGCGGUGGUUCGGGUUUGUCGCGGUCCCGAUUGCCUGGAUUCCCGGACACACAUAUCGCGGUAUGA